AUGACUUCCGACCUCUUUCGGAGUGAUGAAGUACCGCCGUGGUAUGCCCACAAUACCUUUAUCCUAACGGCCUACCGCCCCGUCACCAAAUCGACGCGACUCUGCGUCCAAAGCCUCGCGUACCUACACAACGAAACAGUCAACAUCUAUUCCCACCUCAUCCCUGCGAUACUUAGCCUCGUAGUCAGCCAUGUCUUCAGCCGCGACUUUGCAGAACGGUAUCCCCACGCGUCAUGGAAGGACGAAUUCAUGUUCCGCAUCUUCCUGACCACCUGCGUCAUUUGCUUUGGCACGUCUGCCGCCUACCACACGCUGAUAUGCCACUCGCGGACCUUUGCCGACCUCUGGGUUCGCCUCGACUAUGUGGCCAUUGUCGUCCAGAUUGUGGGCUCCUUCAUCCCGGGUCUCUACUUUGCAUUCUACUGCGAACCCAAUCUGCAGAAGCUGUACUGGACCAUGAUUGUCUCGCUGGGUGCACUGACAGCAACCGUGGUCCUGAAUCCUAGCUUCCAAGGCCCGAAGUGGAAGCGUCUACGGCUAUCAACUUUUGUUGCUACGGGCUUUUCUGCAUUCGCCCCAAUUAUUCAUGCUACCAGCAUUUUUCCUUAUGCCCAACUCGACCAGCAGUCUGGGCUACGAUAUUAUUUCCUAGAGGGCUUCUCCAUUCUGGUCGGAGUGGGCUUCUACGCAGCACACUUCCCCGAGUCUUGGAAACCAAAUCGAUACGAUAUAUGCGGUGCUUCGCAUCAGAUAUUCCACCUUGCUGUUGUUGCCGGCGCCGUCGCGCAUUAUUAUGGCAUUUUGACCGCUUUUGAGUGGAAUUAUCAGAACCAGCGCUGUAGAUGGUGAGGCAUUUGCCUUCGCAUGACUUGGCAGCGCAGAUGCCGUGCGCGCAUCGUUGAUAGGCUGCUCAGCGCAGCCAGAUGUUGCUGUGGUGAAGGAAUGUGGAUAUGCGGGUAAGGGUAAUCGUAUUGAGGAAGCCAGUCGUAAUUUCUAAUAGUCAUUGGGAUAUUCUUGAAGACAACUCCUACGUGUCCUCUCACGCGGAUGAUCAUAAUAAUAAUAAUAAUAAUAAUAAUAAU